GGUCAGGGUUGGCCGGACUUUCGGGUUAUCGGAGGCCGUUAUCCGGGUUCCACUGUACCUUAAAAUAUUCAAAAAUGUAAAUAGAUUCCAAAUAAUAGAUAAAAAAAUUGCUGAUGCUGUGAAUUACUACUUAUCUUAGAUUAAAUCUUCAGAAGUACUCUAAUCUUAUAAUCAGAACAAUAUAUAAGCUAAUUUUAUUGAAUGUUUGCCAUAACACUUUCAAAAUGUUUUUAAAGGUAAUAUUAGUUUUAGCAGCUUCUUUGUGCAUUUCGUGCAGUGCGCAGGAUUCAGAUUUAAAUGUGACUCUGUUUUACGAAGGAUUAUGUCCAUAUUGCCAUAAUUUUAUAGUGGAUCAAUUAUACCCUGGAUAUCAAAAAUUAGGAGACAGCUUUAAAUUGGAUGUAGUACCGUAUGGAUGGGAGACUUAUAAAAAACUAGCCGAUGGAACAAUACAAUAUACUUGUCAACAUGGAGAAAACGAAUGCACCGUUAAUAGAAUACACGCUUGUGUCAUUGACCAAAAUCCAACUCAAUCAGAUCUUAUAAGCUUUAUGCAAUGCCAUUUAUCUCAAGCUAGCGCAUAUAACAUUUAUGAGGAGUUGAUGGAUAUGGCAAAAGAUUGCUCUGGAGGUACUAUUUCUUUUGAUCGUGUUCAAAAUUGUGUAGAAGGAUCUCAUGCAGACGAACUUUUGAUGGCAUACUCCGAGAGACAAUCAAAAUUGUAUCCUGCACUACCAUUUGUCCCAAAUAUACGAUUUAAUGGUGUUUAUGAUACGGAAUUGGAAGAUGAGGCUACCAAGGAUUUUUUUGCCACUAUUUGCAAAGUAUUAAAAGACAAUAAACCUGAGGUUUGUGGGUAAAAUGAUUUUUCUCAAAACUUCUUUAGUAUCAUUAAAAAUACAUUUUAUAGAACAAUAGUUUUAAAUAAAAUCAUUGAACUAAA